ACCUGUAGAGUCCUGGAAAGCAAGUGAUCUUGACCAAGUCCUACUCACAGGAGACAAAGUACAUCUCAACCAGCUUUGCUACAUUGGAAAAUCCGCAAGCGGUGGACUUAAGUUAGCUCUUGAUGAACUUCCUAAAGACUUGCAAUGUUUCCGUUUUCAGUUUUUUACAGAGAGAGAAAUAGUAGGUGGGACAAUUGAUAAAAGGGACACUACCUCAGACGAUGAUGACUUCGCUAGAUUAGAGGACAUCUUUGAAAAAUGUCAAAAAGAGAAAGCAACUGGAUUAUUGUUACGAAUUUUAGACUACACUAUUGCCUGUGCACCAAGCUAUUCCACAUGGCAUGUAAUAGAUUCUCAUGCAAGAAAUUCGAGAGGAAUGGUAGAUGAAAAGGGGUCUUCAGUGGUGCUUAAAUUCGACAACUUCAAUGCCCUUAUCUAUUACAUAAGAUCCUUCGUUGAGGCUGCAACCUCUCAAAGAAGUCUCACCAUAGAUGAUCUAACAUUUGAAGCACUCGUCUUGAACAUCAAAGAACGAAAGUCAGCAGAAAGUGACGAUGUCCUCAUUCUUCCUGUGUCCAGUCUGUUAUCGUAUCAAACCAGCUUUGGAAGUGUAGAUGUGCACAGUUGCUUUACAGUGUGCCUCGAGAAAGACCAAGAAAUGAAUGAUGACGUUCUGGAUUUUUAUUUGCUCCACGCCGCUGAAAAUCAGCUACAUUGCGAUUUAAAGAAGAUGUUAUAUCUAUAUAAUUCCUGUUUCUAUAAGAAAUUAUCGCAAUUCAACCCACAGGCGUUAAUGAAAUGGACAAAAAAUACAGACAUUUUCUCCAAGAAGUAUCUAGUAAUUCCCGUGUGUAAUAGUCGCCAUUGGAUUUUGGUAAUCGUCAGGAUAGAUUCCAGCAUCAGGCUGAUGAUACUCGAUUCCCUACACAAGGAGCAAAAAACUGUUGAACGUAGGAUAGUUAGAUACCUUAAAGACGUGUGGUCAGCUAGACCACCACAAGGUGGAAAAAAGACCCUGGAGGUGGAAGAGGUCAGCUAUCCUACAGUCCCUCAACAGCCAAACGACAAAGACUGUGGUUUAUACGUAAUGAAAUGUUUCGAACAGUUCUUGGAAUUUGUCAACAGAGACUUGCAGUGGUCUACAUGGAAGCCAAACUUCUCCCACCGAGACAUUCUCUCCCUCCGUAAGAUAGUUAAAAAUACUAUUAUGGAUGAAGUAUCCAGUAAGUGAAAAAGAGUUUGAAUAAUUAAGCAAUAGACCACACUCUAUUUAAACAAUAGAAUGUUCCUGUAGUUGCCCGAGAAGCGAAGAAAGUGUGAAGGUCGAAGGGUAUUUGUGAUUUUUUACGUGGCAGCGAUAAGCAGCAAGUUGUAGUAUUAUUUAUACGAAACUACUGGGGCCUUUGAUUUGACGGACCAAAUCUGCCUAAACUAAGAAUCAUAAGUUACUGUUUUCAGUUAGAUUUCGUAACGACUUUAAAUUAAGAAAUGUGCGUAUAUGUUCUGUUCUUAUUAAUUCCUAGAAGACAAAAGUUGAGUUGUUUUGUAGGCACUUUGCGGUAACUGGUAUAUCUUUUAGAGUGAUAACUUGCAUCACUACAACUUUAAGGGCCCAUUAACUUAUCUUUUUAAGCCGUUGCUGAGGAAAAUUUAUUUUCUUAUAACCUUGUCAUUUGUACAUAGUUCAGGGUUAUUUCAUGUACUUUAUCUUAACCAUCAUCAGUUACACAAGUGUUGAAGUCAUCAGGCCACGCGCAUGGUCAUGUG